AUGCGUCUCUUCAAGCUGACGCGCCACAUCUCCGGACUCAAACUCCUCAUCCUCACCUUCAAGGCGAGCGCCAAGGAGUUCUCACUUUUAAUCUUCUUUUUGGUCGUUUUCAUUGUCAUCUUUGCCGCCCUUAUCUACCAAGCCGAACGGUUAAACCCAGCUCCUCACAACGACUUCACCUCGAUACCGAUAGGUCUAUGGUGGGCGAUUGUCACCAUGACAACAGUCGGCUAUGGAGACAUGGUGCCGAGAUCUUACGCUGCGAGAUUCGAAACCGGUUCUAUUCUACACUCCAAAUUCACAUCUUACAAACGUCAAAGUCAAGCCUUAUCUUCAUCUCAUCGUGGACAGAACCAACGCCACUGGCAGGGUCAACAUCAAGCCAUCUCCGCUAAGAACAUGACAGUUUACGUUUCUAAGUAA